GAACAUCUGGAGGAUCGCAGUCGGGCACCCCUGUGCUAGAGGCUUUUUAAAAUCCCUCCGUCUUCCCUUAGAGGAGAGUUUUAGACCCGCCUUGAAAACGCUAAAACCGCCGCGGCCCUUUCGAGAAAGGCCGGAGGUGGCGGCGGCGUUCGUAGCCAUGGCGACGGCGUGGCGUUUGCUAGGCAUGGCGGCCAUUUGGGAGGCCUUCUGCGUCGGGUUUUCGGGAGCGCAGAGUUUCUCCCUGCCGUUGCGCCAGCCUCAGAGCUGCGAAGGGACCCAGUACUUCGAUAUCUCCACCCUGGCUUGUGGACAGUGCGGACCGUCCCAGAGAAAGAGUGUGCGAGAUACUUCAUGUUCCUGUCUACCAGGAUUCAAGUUGGUUUCUGAUAAUGGUGGCACUUCCAUUACCUGUGAAAAAUGUCCAGGAAGUAAGAGUGGUGUCACUCAAGAUGGAUGGAAUUGCAUUGCUUGCCCUAAAGGUGUAACUGCUGAAGGAAAAUGUAAAUGCACAGCUAAUGAGAUUUUAGUGGAAAGGGCUACUAACGGGUCAUUGCUGGAUGCAGCAUCAUGUGUUCAUUGUGAGGGAACAGAAUCAUCAUUUUCUGCAUCAAAUGUGCUAGGUAACAUGUGCAUCAGAUGUGAACCAACAUUUAUCAGUGUAAGCAGGUCUUGUCAGUGUUCUCAACAAAAUAUUUUAACAGGAGGUUUAUGUUUUAGUGCCACUGGAAAUUUUCCUCCAAAGGGAAUUUCAACUGUACGUUUUGGAAAGCUAGGCAUUACUUUGGUCUCUGCAUGGUUUGUGAAAAACCUGCAGGCAUCAGCAGCUGCUUGCUUGCUGUACUCCAACCUAACAUCUUGCCAAGCACUUGGAAAUAUGUGUGUAAUGAACAUGAAUUACUUGAGCUCCGUUGGCACAGAUGCUUGUGGCCUGUUUCAGUAUGUCUUUGCAAACACUGCUGGACUUGGCACUGUUCACUCAAUAUCCUUUUGGAGACAGAACCUUCCGUGGCUUUAUUAUGGUGACCAGCCAGGAUUAGCUUCGCAGGUUCUUGACACAGCUGAGUUUCCUUCUAGUUUCACUUUCAAAGGAACAAAUAAGAACAUAAAAUUGCAGUUUGUUGCAGCUUCCUAUGAUGCAGGGGGUAAUUUUCUCAAAUGGCAGUAUUUAGAAGGUGGUGUUCUACAACUUUGUCCUGACACACUGACGAAACUGAACGCUGCUUACAUUUUUGGGACAACUUACCAACAAAAAUGCACAAUUUCUGUUUCUAGAAUUUUGAAGGAUUAUUCUCAUCCAGUGUUUUAUGAUGUGUUUCUUGAAUAUACUGAUGAAGAAGAUGAACAGCAGUACCUUUGGGCAGUGCCAGUUUUAAACUUAAACCUUCAGUAUAAUGAAAUGUUUGUGAACCGAGGCAGUAAUAUGAACAGUUGGUUCUUAACACGUCGAAUGUUUUUGGUGGAUACGCUAAGCGGGCGUGAAAAUGACUUAGGAAACACUCCCAAAGUAAUCCGAAUUGCUAGUGAAAUACAAAUAAGCAUUCGUCUUGUGCCUAACACUCAGAGGGGAGCCAUCUACCCUCCUGUCAUUACAGUUUCCUACAGCGAUGUUCUCAUCCAAAAUCCCAGCGCUCAGAAAGUGACGGUUUCCUUCUCCGUCAACUAUGAAAUGAACCAGUCAGAGGCUCGCACUCAGACCGAUAUAGCACUGGGUGUUCUAGGUGGGUUGGCAGUAUUAUGGUCCCUUCUCAAGACUGCUGGCUGGAAGAGACGUAUAGGGAGCCCCAUGAUUGAUUUGCAAACAGUUUUGAAAUUUUUGCUGUUCUACGCUGGAGACCUGGCAAAUGUUUUCUUCAUCAUCACAGUGGGAACUGGGAUUUACUGGCUUAUAUUCUUCAAAGGACAGCAGUAUAUUUCUGUUCUCUUACCUCUGCCAACUCAAGAAGAUGAUUUUGUUUCUUACGUUGGAUGUGGUUUCACUCUGAAGGUGGUGCAAUUUUUGCACAUGCUUGUUACUCAGCUUACAAUAGAUAUCUUCUUUAUUGAUUGGGAACGUCCUAAAGGAAAAGUUCUUAAAGCAGUUGAAGGAGAAAACGGCAUAAGGAGUACUGCUGCACCUGUCAGUAUAUGGAGAACCUAUUUUAUAGCAAAUGAGUGGAAUGAAAUUCAGACCAUCCGGAAAAUAAAUCCUCUCUUUCAAGUGCUAGCUGUUCUCUUCUUUUUAGAGGUUGUAGGUUUCUCAAACCUGGCUUUAAUGGAUUCUUCUUCCAGCCUUAGUAGGAACCCUGAAUUUUACAUAGCUCCUUGGAGCCGGAUUCUAAGAUACGGUGUGACUGCUGUCCUCUGGAUAGUCAUUGCUGUAAUACAGAUGGCAUACUUUUCUGUCUUUUAUGAAAGAUUUGUAGAAGACAAGAUAAGGCAAUUUGUUGAUUUGUGCUGUAUGAGCAAUAUUUCAGUUUUUCUGCUAUCAAACAGAUGCUUUGGAUAUUACAUUCAUGGUCGUUCUGUGCAUGGCCAUGCAGAUACCAAUAUGGAAGAAAUGAAUAUGAACCUAAAGAGGGAAGCGGAAAAUCUGUGCAGUCAAAGAGGUUUGUUGCCAAAUACAGAUGGCCAAACAUUUCAGAUUUCCAUUUCAAGCAGGAUGAGGCAGCAAUAUGACAGGAUUCAUGAAACGUUAACAAGAAAACAGGGCCCUGUGAGGCUUCUGAAUUCUUCUACGACUACAUUUGAACAGAGCACUAAAGCAUACCAUACCAUGAAUAAAUUUCUUGGCUCUUUUAUUGAUCAUGUUCAUAAGGAAAUGGAUUACAUUGUAAAGGACAAAUUGUUAUUAGAACGAAUUCUUGGAAUGGAGUUUAUGGAACCCAUGGAAAAGAGCAUCUUUUAUAACGAUGAAGGACAUUCUUUUAGUGAUACUCUUUAUUACGGCAAUGAAGCCACUCUCCUCAUUUUUGAUAUGCUGUUUUUUGCUAUUGUGGAUAUGGCUACCCAGAGUUUUGUUUUAGCAGCUGUUCUGACAUAUUUACAACAAGAGAUUUUUAGAUUUAUUCGGAAUACAGUUGGACAAAAGAAUUUGGCAUCCAAAACUUUAGUGGAUGAAAGAUUUCUUAUAUAAACCAAUGUGAAAAGACGCUAUCCACAAAUUAAUCAUGGCAUAAGAAGUCACACAACAAUACAAUACUAUGUAAAUAUUAAUGUAUAGUUUCUACUGUUCCAUAUUAUUCCUUAGAAAACCAAUAUUUUUGUACAGACUAAAUACUUUUGUACUUUUAGCAGGUGAUAAUCUAGAUACCUUGCACAAGUGGUAUACCAUGGUAAGACGAAGAAAGAUGUUACUGCAAGGUUACUUUUAUGCACUGAUUUCAAAGCAGUUUCAUGUGUAUUUGUAUUUUCUGCAGCAAUGUAUUUGAUCAUUGUUUUGUUAAGUUAAACAUGUUUGUAUUUGUUUUUAAUGUGCUUUGUCUUCUUAAUGAGGAAAGAUUAAUAGAAUCAGAUUGGUUUAGGAAGAAAAGGAUGUAGGAGGUGACACAUCCAGUUAAACGGUUUCCUAUCUAGAAAAACCUAAACAGUACAGUUGGACAUCAUUCCCAGAAUAUUGUCAGACUUUUGUGAGUCUUCAGGAAGGAAAUCUAUCUAUGGCUACUUCUGCACGUCCAGCUGAGCCGGGGGUGCAUCGGCAUAAUUCAUGCUGAUGCACCCUCAGGGGUCGUUCACAGGCCGCACCGCUCCUGAACGCCUCCUACCUCCUGCCACCUUCUGUCACUCUAUGGAGGCCAGGGGACACGCCCCCGUGGCCAGAGUGACGCCUCUGGGGUCGGAGGCCAGGAGCAUGUCCCCUGGCCUUUACAGAGUGAUGGAAGGCGGCAGGAGGUAGGAGGCAUCCAGGAGCGGCGUGGGAAAUACUCCAGCUUCCACCCGGUGCUGUUUGCUCGGCACCAGAUGGAAGCCAAUGUUUUCCAAAAACCUCUCUCGGGGAGCGGGGUUUAAAAACACCAUUUGUGGGGGGAGAGAAUGACACUGCAUCGAUUUGGCAGCGGCGUCUGUGCGAAGGCACACCCCCCCCCCAGUGUUUUACAGAAACAGCCUACGUGGGGCAGUCCUAACAACCAUCUUUCUAAUUGUUUGUUCUGUGUGGAUUCAUGUACUGGUGACAUGGACAAAGACUCACAGUUUUGAAGUGGAGAAAAUGCAGUUCAGAUAUAAAUAAACAAAUAGCUUGUUUUUCCCACUCUGUUUCAUGCGCUGUUAACAAAAGAAUUCUGCUUUAACCAGCAGUUUAACUGAUCUGUUAGGUAAGGGAAUGCAGAGUUUAACUUUCCACAGGGUGAAAAUGCUGACAGAAGUUUUUAAAGUACUAAUCUAAAUAAACAAAUAUACAGCAUUGAAUACAAAUGGCCAGCAAUAGGAACAGCAGCCUUACAACCUGGAUUGACCUGCUAAGUAAGCAUAUUUUGAGUGAUGCCACCCUUAAUUGGUAUUAGAAAAUCAAAUUUUCACAAAUAAGAGAAGAAAAGUUUCUUUCAUGCAGUACAUGAACUCUGUGACCCCCCCCCCAAAAAAAAAGCAUUUCACACAAAGUGUGUAGUUUACUUUUGAAAUUCACUGCCACACGAUGUAAUAAUGACCAUGAUUUUUAAAGCUGGUAAAAAAGGAUUUGAUGUAUUCUUGUAAGUUUGUUGAAAACUAUUAGUUAUGUGGAAGGAAGGUUUCUCUGCAUACCAGAAAGACUGCUCUCAUCCCGAAAUACAGCUCUUACGUUUUUA